CACCCAUAAUCACGAUGCAGCGAAUCGCACUGCGAGCUCCUCGCAACCUCGCGCGUCAGGCGCAGGCUGGCAACAGCGCUUCCAGCCGUGCUCUCUCGUCCUUCGCCAAGGCGGCCGUCGCACCCGCUAUGAAGGCGCCCGCCGUUGCUGCUGGUAACGCUGCCCGCCCCUCGCUCGCUCGUAUGGCGGCCAAGGCCCCUGUUCAAGCUCGCGGCCUCGCUACCCCCGCUCAAGGCCAGAUGGGUGCCGUCAAGUCGGUCAUCGGCCCCGUCGUCGACGUCCAAUUCGACACCGAGGACCUCCCCGCCAUCUACAACGCUCUCGACGUCCAGGACGUCAAGGGUGCUCGUCUCGUCCUCGAGGUCGCCCAGCACCUGGGUGAGAACACGGUCCGCACCAUUGCCAUGGACGGUACCGAGGGUCUCGUUCGUGGCCAGAAGGUCCUCGACACUGGUGCCCCCAUCCAGAUUCCCGUCGGCCCCGCUUGCCUCGGCCGUAUCCUCAACGUCAUUGGCGAGCCCAUUGACGAGCGUGGACCCAUCAAGGGCGUCAAGCAGUCGCCUAUUCACCGUGAGCCCCCUGAGUUCGUCGAGCAGUCGACCGCUGCUGAGGUCCUCGAGACUGGUAUCAAGGUCGUCGACCUCCUCGCCCCCUACGCUCGUGGUGGAAAGAUUGGUCUCUUCGGUGGUGCCGGUGUCGGCAAGACCGUGCUGAUUCAGGAGCUCAUCAACAACAUCGCCAAGGCCCACGGUGGUUACUCCGUCUUCACCGGUGUCGGCGAGCGUACCCGUGAGGGCAACGACUUGUACCACGAGAUGAUCGAGACUGGUGUCAUCAACCUCGACGGUGACUCCAAGGUCGCUCUCGUCUUCGGUCAGAUGAACGAGCCCCCUGGUGCCCGUGCCCGUGUCGCUCUCACUGGUCUCACCAUUGCCGAGUACUUCCGUGACGACGAGGGACAGGAUGUGCUCCUCUUCAUCGACAACAUUUUCCGUUUCACCCAGGCUGGUUCGGAGACCUCGGCUCUUCUCGGCCGUAUUCCCUCGGCCGUCGGUUACCAGCCCACCCUCUCCACCGACAUGGGUGGUAUGCAGGAGCGAAUUACCACCACCAAGAAGGGAUCUAUUACCUCCGUCCAGGCCGUCUACGUGCCCGCCGACGACUUGACUGACCCUGCCCCGGCCACGACCUUCGCCCACUUGGACGCCACCACUGUGCUGUCCCGUGGUAUUGCCGAGCUCGGUAUCUACCCCGCCGUCGACCCCCUCGACUCGCAGUCUCGUCUUCUUGACCCCAAGGUCAUCGGUGAGGAGCACUACUCGGUCGCUCUCCGCACCCAGCAGCUCCUUCAGUCGUACAAGUCGCUGCAGGACAUCAUUGCCAUUCUCGGUAUGGACGAGCUGUCUGAGGAGGACAAGCUCGUCGUCGAGCGUGCCCGCAAGGUCCAGCGUUUCCUGUCGCAGCCCUUCGCCGUCGCUCAGGUCUUCACUGGUAUCGAGGGUCGCCUCGUGCCCCUGAAGGAGACGAUCGACUCGGUCAAGCAGAUCCUCGACGGCAAGCACGACUCGCUGCCCGAGGCUGCCUUCUACAUGGUCGGUAACGCCGAGGAGGUCAUGUCGAAGGCACAGAAGCUCAGCGCUGAGAGCAAGUAAAAAGGCAUCAGCGGUAGCGUCUGAGCGGAGAUGGAAAGGGGAUUGAUGGCUUUGAGGUAUUCCUGUUGGUGGAAGAGGGGCGGCGGUGUGAUCAAAGAAUCGCGUUUCCAUUCUCAUCGCUGCUUGUAUUCCCACCCAAUCGUUCCUCUCCAUCAAUUCUCUCUGGUAGCA